AUGCGCUCAAGGCAGGGCAGAGCAGUCGCGCGCGGGCAGCGCAAGGUGCAGGGCGACGUGUGGGCGGGAGCUGCAGCAGCGGGCGACAACUACAGCAACGGCACUUGCGUGCGGGCAGGGCAGGCGCGGGCAGCGUUAGCAGGGCAUGGCAGGGGCGCGCGGGCGCUGGGCAGUGGGGCGCGCACGGGCACAGGGCAGCGGGGCACGCGCGGGCGCUGGGCAGCGGGGCGCGCGCUGGCGUUGGGCAGCAAGGCGCGCGCGGGCGCUGGGCAGCGGGACACGCGCGGGUACGGGGCAGCAGGGCGCGCACGGGCGCUGGGCAGCGGGGUUCGCGCGGGCACGGAGCAGCGGGGCACGCGCGGGCGUUGGGCAGCGGGGCGCACGCUGGUGCUGGGCAGCAGGGCGCACGCUAAUGCUGGGCAGUGGGGCACGUGCUGGCGCUGGGCAGCGGGGCGCGCACGGGUACGGGGCAGCAGGGCGCGCACGGGCGCCGGGGAGCAGGGCGUUCCUGCGAGCCAGCACAAGUUCCUGCGAGCCGUUGAUCUGUACAGCGAUGCCAUCCAACUGAAUGAGUCCAACGCCAUUCUCUGGGCCAACCGCGCAUUCGCCCACACCAAGAUCGAGGAGUAUGGCAGCGCUGUGGAGGAUGCGGCCAAGGCCAUUGAGCUCAACCCCUCCUAUGUCAAGGGCUACUACCGGAGAGGCACAGCAUACUUGGCUAUGGGCAAGUUCAAAGACGCAUUAAAAGACUUCAAACAGGCAGCCAAGAUUGCCCCAAGGGACCCAGACGCACGCAAGAAGCUGAAGGAGUGUGAGAAGGCAGUCAGGGAGGAGGCGUUUCAGAACGCCAUAGCCAGUCCAGACAGCGGGCCCGUGGGAUUCAGGGACUUUGGCAUUGACGUCAGCAGUAUAGAGGUGGAUGCAACAUACGAUGGGCCGCGCCUGGAGGGCGAGGAGGUGACUCUUUCGUUCGUUCAGAAGAUGAUGGAUGCGUUCAAGAACCAGAAGAUGCUUCAUAGCAGAUAUGCCUACCAGAUUCUGUUUCAGAUACGAGAGCAGCUGCGGGUGCUGCCGUCCCUGGUAGACAUUCAGGUGCCCGACGGUCAACACAUCACAGUCUGCGGAGACAUUCACGGGCAGUACUUCGACCUGAUGAACAUCUUUGAGCUGAACGGCCUGCCCUCUGAUGCCAACCCCUACCUGUUCAACGGGGACUUUGUGGACCGAGGCAGCUUCUCCAUCGAGUGCAUCUUCACACUCUUCGCCUUCAAGUGCCUCUACCCCACCGGCCUUUAUCUCGCCCGUGGCAACCACGAGUCGCGCAGCAUGAACCGCAUAUACGGCUUCGAUGGCGAGGUGAAGGCCAAGUGCGGCGAGCCCAUGGUGGAGCUGUUUGCUGACGUCUUCUGCUGCCUGCCUCUGGCGCAUGUGAUCAGCAGCCGCGUGUUUGUGGUGCACGGGGGGCUCUUCAGCAAAGAUGGGGUGACACUGGACGACGUGAGAGGCAUCAACCGCUUCCAAGAGCCGCCAGAUGAAGGGCUGAUGUGCGAGGUGUUGUGGAGCGACCCCUUCUCCGGGCAGGGACGCAUGCCGAGCAAGAGAGGAGUGGGCGUGGCCUUUGGCUCUGACGUCACCAAGCGGUUCCUGCAGGACAACAAGCUGGACCUGGUGGUGCGGUCACACGAGGUGAAGGAGGAGGGGUACGAGGAGGAACACGAAGGGCAGCUGAUCACGGUGUUCUCAGCGCCCAACUACUGCGACCAGAUGGGCAACAAGGGCGCCUUCAUCCGCUUCCAAGCACCUGAUCUUAAGCCCAACUUCACCACUUACACUGCCGUGCCCCACCCGAAUGUGCGGCCCAUGGCGUAUGCAUCCAACUUCUCCUCGUUCUUCUAG